AUUCGACCAACGAGAUAUUCAAGCCUGCAACUAUACGACAAGAAAAAGUCAAUAUCACUUUUGUAUCUGAAAAUUAUUUUGCUCGCAUAUCGCACAUUUUUUUAAUUAACAGAUCUUAUUUUUUUAUCAAAUUAUAAGUUGGUAAAAAUGGUUUGACGUGAAGUUGCUUAUUGCGAUAUCUCGAAGUGAAUAGUGCUUUGGUAGACACCACGCAUUAAAGAGCGUCUUAUACCUGCGACGCGUUGCAAAUAAUCUCGAGUAAAAAGUUUAGUGCAGAAUGUGUAUUAUUUGGUUUUGAUUAAUGUUAUUAUAACGGAAUGAAACAAAGAAUCUUUGUGAACAAUUAGUAUUAAUAAAAGUAUAAUGGAUAAAAUAAGUAAUUUUAACAAUGAUCUUUUUCUGUCAGAGAAUGAAUAUGAUGGAAAUGAUGGUGACUAUAAUGACAAUGAAGUUACGAGAUAUCAUGAUACACAGAGUAAUUUCAAAUCAAAAACGAAAAAGAAAUAUCGUACUUCAGCUUCUGAAAGUACGGUUAAGAAAAAGAAACGGAGCAAAAAAGGAACUGACGUAAUGUCAAAUCUUAAUAGAGAAAAAGAAGCUUCUAAAUCGAAUGCUAACAAUUACGAAGGUGACUAUUCAAAAAAUUGUCAUGAAACUGACAAUGAUCCUGAAUUUGAGAUAAAACAUGGUUCAUAUUUUGAAGACUUCAAUGAAGGUACACAGGUUGAUAGAAUACAGGACAUGACCUCUCCUUUCAGUACUGAAGCAUCUGUUUCCAAUAUGUCAAAAGGAAUUAAAAGACGUCAUAUAUCGACUGAUGAUGAUACAGAUAAUGACGAUCAAAAAACGUGUAAUAAUUCAUAUGAUGACGAUAGAAAUAGAGGAUUUAUGAAAGACAAUAUGGGAUAUAAUAUUGAUAAAAGCCUCGAGAAGAAUAGACAAAGUCAUUUAGGAUCUUAUUAUGAUUUUAAUAAAAGUCAAUUUGAAAGUUCAUACGAGAUGACCGCAAAUUUCAGCGAAGAUACAUCUGCAUUCAAUAUGCCGAAAAGUGGUAAAAUAAAGUACAAUGAAUCAUUUGACGAUAAUAAGUCAUUAAAAGUGAAUGAUAAUAGUGACGAAGAGAAUUCUUCCAAGAAAAUUUGUUUGGAAAAAAUAGGAAAUGUAACGUCAAACACAACAGGUAAUGCUACUAAUGGAAAGGGAAAAGCAGAGCUUAUGAUGGAAAAAAUGGGAUAUCAAGCUGGUAAAGGUCUUGGAAAACAUAAUCAAGGUCGAUUGGAACCAGUACAAACUUCAAUGCAACGUGGACGGCGAGGAAUUGGUCAUUCUUAUCCUGAACUUGAAGCUGCGAGUCUUAAGUGGGAUCCUAAAGAAGAAAUAAUACAGAUUAAAGAAGAUAUGGAAUGGUUACAAAAUACACACCAUCAUGCAUUAACUACAAAAGAAAUGCACGAUUGGAUGGUAUUGGGUCCAAAAAAAGAUACGAUACAUAAUGAAACUAAAUUUUGCGAAUCAAAAAUAGUGAAAGAUAUCAUAAAUUCAAAAACAAUAUUUAAUAGGAUAGAUAAAGUAGAAAUGCGUAAAGCAAGAACUCGUUCCAAUCCAUAUGAAACAAUUAGAGGUGCAUUCUUUUUAAAUCGUGCCGCUGUCAAAAUGGCAAACAUGGAUAAAGCUUGCGAUUUUCUAUUUACAAGGCCAACUAAUUUAAAAAGUAACGAGUUAUUGUAUUUUGCGGACGUAUGCGCUGGUCCAGGUGGCUUUAGUGAAUACGUUUUAUGGAGGAAAAAAUGGCACGCUAAAGGAUUUGGUUUUACUUUAAAAAAUGAGAAUGAUUUUAAACUAGGUGAUUUCUAUGCCGGAUCACCAGAAACUUUUCAUACCUUUUAUGGUCCAAAGGGCAAUGGUGAUGUAUUUGACACAAGUAACCAGGAAGCUUUUAGAGAUUUAAUAAUGAAACAUACUCAUGGCAAGGGUGUACAUUUUAUGAUGUCAGAUGGUGGAUUUUCAGUUGAAGGACAAGAAAAUAUUCAAGAAAUUUUAUCGAAACAAUUAUAUUUGUGUCAAUGCUUAGUAGCCUUAAUGAUAGUAAGAGAUGGCGGUAAUUUUGUAACAAAACUAUUUGACCUCUUUACGCCUUUCAGUGCAGGAUUAGUAUAUUUGAUGUAUCGUUGUUUUGACGAAAUAUGUAUUUGUAAGCCAAAUACUUCAAGACCGGCAAAUUCUGAAAGAUACCUGAUAUGCAAAGGAAAACGUCAUGAUACACAUGAUAUUAUGAAGUAUUUAUUUCAUGGAAAUAAAUUAUUAUUAAAGUCAGACAAAGAUAAGGAUGUUAUGGAAUUAGUUCCAUUAGAAGAAUUGGAAAUGGAAAAAGAAUUUCUCCAAUAUUUGAGAAGAUCUAACAAUGAACUUGGAAAGAAACAAAUUAUAGGUCUUCUCAAAAUAGCUGCUUUUUGUGAAGAUAAUGCACUUUUGGAACCAAGGCAAGCAGAUAUGCGACGACAAUGUUUAGAAUAUUGGGAACUGCCAGAUGAAAGUCGUACAUUACCACCUUUUUAUAAACCACAAGAUAAAAUUAAACUUCUCAUUAAAGAUCGUGAUACUUUACUUUCAUAUCAGCCACAAAAAUUAACAAAUGAAAAUAUUAAGCACACUAUAUUAUCUUCGCCAUAUGAUUGGCUAUGUACACCUUGUGGUACUGGACAAUUUAUAGAAUCCGAUAAAAUGGCUACAUUUUAUAUGAGUAUGGGAAGAAGAAAAGUAUAUCGUUAUACAAAGAAUAGUUGGGAUCAAAUUAAUGAUCUUAAAAUAGAAUUACCUCCUGACACACUUGUAUAUGCUGAAGUAAUAAGUGAAACGACAAAAGAAAAAAAGAGUCAACACAAAAUAUUUGCACUGCAUAUUUUAGAUGGUUGGAUAUUGGGCGGAGAAGAUAUCAGUCAAAAAUACUUACCAGACAGGCAUGAACUUAUAAAAAAAUUUUGUGAAGCCUUAUGGAAACCAUCUCCCAAUGAUUUUGCAAGAGUACGUGCAAAAGAAUUAUAUCCCUUUGAUCCUGAUAUUGAUAAAAAACUACAAGUUAUUCAGCGUCUUAUGAAAAAUAAUCGUCCAGAAUUAACUUGUGAUAUACCAAGAACAUUUCUAGAUGAUGAGGAUACACCAUACUUCGUACCAAAAAGUGUUAUCUUUUUAAGAAGUACUAGUCGACCUUGGUUUCGAUAUAAGAGUAGAAGUCAAAAUGAAACAUACGUUCAUAAUAGCAAAACUAACGAAUCACAUUAUGAUAUACGAAGACCACCAGCAGCAGAAGCUAAAUUUGAAGAAACAUUUUCUAAUAGUAUUAUAUGGUUUUGGCCCCACGAUGAAACACUUUCUAUGGAAGCUGUAGUACAAUUUGUUAGAGCAAAAUGUUUAGGAACAAAUAGAUAAUAAAUGAUUAUGACACAAACAGCAAGAGUUUAGACAUAUGAUAUAUAUACCAACCUAAAUAUGGUUAAAUAUAUAUAAUAUAAAAGAAAAUCUUUCAUUAUUUAUAAUAAUGAUACUCAUCAUUUCUGCUCAUACUUUAUUUAAGCAGAAAUUUUUAAUUAAUUUUGUUUUGUUAGGUUAACAGAUUUAAGUUAUUAUUCUAAUAAAAUCUAUGACAAAGCGUGAUUACAUAUACUGAGUUGUAUUGACUUGUACGUUUUCGGUACAAGGGAUAAAACUUUUAUAUGAAAUAAUCAAUUUUUCUUUAUAAAGCUAAAUAAAACACCUUGUUACAAUAUGCAUGCAACUUUAUUCUAUAAUAUUUCUUUAGCAAUAUUUUGUUUUGCCCAAAUAUAUAUUAAUCAUGUAUGAUAUCAUUUAACAUUGUCAUGUUUGUCAUUAAAACAGAGAUCGAGCAAAUUAUUUAUUAUGUACGCGGGUAUUAUGUGCGUGUGUGCACGCGUUUAUUCACAUACAUGCACACAAUUUAUACAUAGUUAAUGUAUACACAAAAUAUCAAUCAAUAUGUACAGAGUAUAGUAAAAAGUAUAUAAAAUUUUAUGGAUAAAUUUGUAAAUGGUAUAAUUUGUUUUUAGUAAGUAUUAUUAAAUAUUUAUUUGUAGCAACUGCUCCCAUUAUGAUAGAAGAUGAAGGAUCACAUUCCAAAUCUACAA